AUGGCGGCGGAGACCCGGCCAAGCCUGACCUCCAUUUCGUCGGGCGAACUGCGCAGCCUGUGGACGUGCGACUGCGAGCUGGCCUUGUUGCCUCUGGCCCAGCUGCUGCGCCUGCAGCCCGGCGCCUUCCAGCUGCGCGGGGACCAGCUGACCGUGCCGGGCCCCGGGGAGCCCACGGCCGCACGCGGGGGCUUCAACGUCUUCUCUGAUGGCGUGGUCCGCCUUGACGCCCAGCUCUACCGCCUCAGCAGCUACAUCAAGAGGUAUGUGGAACUGACCAACUACAGCGAUUACAAAGACUACAGGGAAACUAUUUUGAGCAAACCAAUGCUCUUCUUUAUUAAUGUACGGAACAAAAAAGAUGCUUCAAAAGAAAAGACGUAUGCAUUUCUUGUGAACACAAGACAUCCUAAGAUAAGAAGACAGAUAGAGCAAGGGAUGGAUAUGGUCAUUUCCUCCGUGAUUGGAGAGAGCUAUCGGCUUCAGUUUGAUUUUCAAGAGGCCGUGAAGAAUUUUUUCCCUCCAGGAAAUGAAGUGGUUAAUGGAGAAAAUUUGAGCUUUGCAUAUGAAUUCAAGGCCGACGCGCUGUUUGAUUUCUUCUAUUGGUUUGGGCUCAGCAAUUCCACCGUCAAGGUGACUGGGAAAGUGCUGAACCUGUCCAGCACAAGUCCAGAAAAGAAGGAGACCAUUCGGUUGUUUCUGGAGAAGAUGAGUGAACCUUUACAUCGUCGGAGCAGCUUCUCGGACCGGAAGUUCAGUGUAACUUCCAGAGGUUCAAUAGAUGACGUUUUUAACUGCAAUCUGUCACCGAGACCAUCUCUCACGGAGCCGCUUUUGGCAGAAUUACCAUUUCCAAGUCUUCUGGAAGCUGAGAAGACACCCAACCAGUUUGUCUGAUUGCAUUUCACAUUCUAGCAGUUACUCCUACAUUGAAGACCUGGGCAAGGAUGGAAGGUGGAGGGAAUAAAAGGAGGUGGG